AUAAACUAACCUAAAAAGUAAUAUUUUCCCGCCUAUUGUAGAUUAAUGAAUUUUAAGUAAUAUUGCAAUGGCAAGUGAAUAUAACGAGGAAACUCUGCCGGAUCUGCUUCCUCUUUAUUAUAAACGUCUAUUUCCAUUCGAACUGUUCUACAAAUGGUUAAGUUAUGGAAAUUCCUCCUACUUACAAUUUCGUGAGAUCUCAUUCACUCUUCUUGGAGAAAUCUACAUUAGAUACCAAUCAUUCAACACGCUGGACGAGUUUAAACUGGAACUCACUAAGAAAUUUCCUGUGAAGAUCGAUAUUGGAGCUGUCUACACCAGUAGACCGAAGGAGAGAAAGUUAAUGAGUGUUUUGAUACCGAAAGAGAAAGAGGUUGUCUUUGAUAUUGAUAUGACUGAUUAUGAUGAUAUACGAAUAUGUUGUUCUGGGGCGGAGGUGUGCGUGAAGUGUUGGAAGCUUAUGGUGAUCGCGUGCAAGAUAUUAGAUGCAGCUAUAAGGGAGGACUUUGGUUAUAACAAUCUGUUGUGGGUAUUUUCCGGUCGCAGAGGCAUUCAUUGUUGGGUUUGUGACGAAGAGGCACGCAAAUUGGAUGAUUCAGCACGCGGUGCGAUAGCGGGAUACUUGCAGCUUGUUCAAGGGGGUGCCAAUCAAUCAAAGAAAGUGCACUUACCUGGCCAUAACAUACAUCAUUCAAUAGAGAGAGCAUUAGAGAUAAUUGAUAAAUACUUUAUUAAUGACAUAGUGAUCGAACAGGAUAUAUUAGGCACAGAUGAGAGAUUAAACAAAUUUCUAUUGAUCAUUGAUGAAGACAUCAGGAACAACUUUAAAGAAGUAAUGAGUAAAGUCAAAACUUCAGAAGAGCGCUGGAAGGCUUUUACUGAGGAAGCAAUCAAUUUGGCACGACAGGUUAGUCACUCCCAUCCUUUUAUUCUUAUGACAUUGAAGUUAUAGCGGAAAUUGUCUCGAACACAACAACAUAUCAAAGAAGAAAUAAUGUUACAGUAUUCCUAUCCUCGUUUAGAUAUUAAUGUAACACGAGGCCGCAACCACUUGCUUAAAGCUCCCUUUUGUGUUCAUCCAAAAUCUGGCAAAAUUUCGAUUCCCUUUUCAGCCAAAGUUGUGGAUCGUUUUAAUCCCAAUGCUGUACCAACCAUCAGCCUUCUUGUUGAUGAAAUUAACAUAUACGAUGGCAAAACCAAAGAGCAAGAAGUGAGUAUUAAUGAUCAACAAUUGGAAGAAGGUUUUGUAAGUACAAAGACAGUCAAGGAUUAUAAGAAGACAAGUAUGUUAAAGCCAGUUAGUAUUUUUGAAGAAUUUUUGCGAGGGUUAGCAAAAAGUAGGAGUCAAUCUAAUCAAGUUACUGGAGUGCUAAUGAUCAUGGACACCCUAUUUGAACGAAAUGGUCUACACAUACUGUACCGUUGGGGCCAUAGUGAAGAUUGCCACUUUCCACUAUUCCCGCAGAUGAAAGUUCCAAAUUUUUCCACCAUUGCUGCUGUCUACAGUGUAAUGUUGGCGGGCGCAAUCGGCGUAACUCUUGGAUACAAGUUUCGGGUAAGCACCCUGUUCUUUGGUAUUCCGUACUGGUACCUCAUACUCCUGGACAAAACGUACUGGAACAAUCACAGCUACCUGUUCGGUUUGGUUAUCAUUUUGCUUAGCGGAUCUUCGGCCAACCACUCAGCCUCGAUUGAUUCGUUGUGUGAUGCCAAACUCAACAAUAGACCGGUUCCGUUUUGGAAUUAUUUUAUUUUACGUUUUCAAUUUUUCAUUCUUUACUUCAUGGCCGGACUGAAAAAAAUUGAUGCCGAGUGGUUGUAUGGAUAUUCAAUGGAUGACAUGGGAGAUCAUUGGGUUUUCCAACCAUUUAAGCUUUUUUUAACGACAUCUCAAAUUGAUUACUUUGUCGUUCAUUUAAUUGGGUUUAUCAUUGAUCUUACCAUGGGAUUCUGGUUAAUUAGUCCAAUUUCUAGACCCUACGCCAUGUUUUUCUGCGCAUACUUUCAUGUUUUAAAUUCCCGUUUAUUUAGUAUUGGUAUGUUCCCGUACGUUUGCAUUGCAACCAUGCCAAUUUUUUGUAAAGAAGAUUGGCCCCAAAACCUUUUGCGUAGGUUUAGGUUCCGAGUUAAUCCCAGAAGCGAGGCGAGUAAUAGGAAAAAAAUAGCAGGGCUGAACUUAAAAAAACGUAUCGUUGCAUCGCUUCUACUUCUGCAUUGCGCCAUACAAUUCUUUCUCCCAUACUCGCAUGGUAUCACCAAGGGUUUUAACAACUGGACGAAUGGCUUAUACGGGUAUUCGUGGGAUAUGAUGGUGCACUCUUGGAAUUCGGCUCUUGUUGUGGUUCGGAUCACAGACAAUGAGAAUGAAAGGGACUACUUCAUCGAUCCAGAAAUUUGGACUCAAAACCAACGUUGGAACAAACACGCAGAUAUGUGCAUACAAUAUGCGCAAUGUUUGAAGGAAAAUUUACUUCAGAUUAAACAAGGCUCUUUUGAAUCGGAGUGGAAAAACUUGUCAAGCAAUAUUUCGGUUUACAUUGACGUUUGGUGUUCGCUAAAUGGACGUUUUCAACAAAGAAUGUUCAAUCCAAACUAUGAUCUUUUAAAGGCCAAAUGGUCAGCGUUUACAAAAGUAGAAUGGCUUUUACCUCUGAUGGCGGAGAGCGGUGAAUUUAGAAGCCAGCUACCGAAGAUCGAAGAUCAUGUAUACUCAUGGUCUAAUUAUAGUGAAGUAAUGUUUGUUGCUGACUUCCCAGACAUGGUGCUAGAAAAUUACCUCUCUGUUGACUUAACCAAUGUCACGUUGACGGUACUCAGUGGAGAAGUGAUUUAUGAAAUGGAAAAUGAUCGUGAAAUAUACGUUAAACUUCCGAAAGGGUCGUAUCACAAGAUCCGGACGGGCAAGUUCCACAAGAUACAUACUUACGGACGAGAACCUUCACUAUAUAUGUAUACAUUCAUUAAUAAAACCAAGGAAAAACUCAACGAGCAUUGAAAUUAUCCGGUAUCGUAC